UGUAGAUACUAAGCUUUGUUUCAGUUAAAACUUGAAACUCGUAGACGUGUUGAAAAACCGAAAAUUGGCGAACUGAAAAGAUUGUAAAUGAUGGCGAUGAAUGAAGAAGACUUGUCAAAAAGUGUGAAGUACGUUGGGGCUUAUGUAGAAGACGAGGGGCAAAUUACUCUGAAAAAACUAGACGUUUCUGGGAUAUCGAUCCGCGAUAAAAAAUUACCAAGUGCGUACUUGCGAGAACCGAUACAUCUCGAAGGAGAAAGCCGAGCCGAGAAAGACAGUAUUCCGAUGUUGAUUCGGAAUUUUCUUGGUUACACGACAGCGCACGGCUUCGAUCGCCUGGAAGCUUCGAAAGGUGUUUUCGCGAAAGUUUUUUGGUCUGCUGUAUGCUUGGGUUCGUUUGCCAUGUUUAUAUAUCAGGUUCACGGCCUUUUCGUCAAUUAUAUUUCACGACCGGUAUCAACAAGCGUCCGAAUCACUUUUGAGAAGCAAAUCCCUUUUCCCGCAGUUACGAUCUGCAACUUGAACAUGUUGCGAAAUAAAAAUUUGCCACCAGAACUUCAGAAAUAUAGUACUUCUGUUCCAGAUAGUACUUCUGUUCCUGCUCGAAGACGCAAGCGCCGUGAUGUUGUAAACACCGCAACCUCCCCAAAAAGCCAUCCCCAGGACGAAAGUGACCAACCAACCACGGAAUCAGAGCAAUACACCACACAAAGCACAAACUUGAAAACUACCUGGACUACGUGGACUACGUGGACUACGUGGAAUGAAUGGGCUCAAACAAGCAAAAACCAAAACAACUUACCCAGCAAAGAAGAGGUCAGCGAAGAUGUGUUCUUCGUGGAGGAGUUUAAAACUUCCGUGACACGAGUUUCGACAAAAUCAUUGGCUAAGGCAGGACAUCAAUUUGAGGAUUUUGUCACCGAAUGCAGUUGGCGCGGUAGAGAAUGCAAGAAGAGCAAUUUCUCCAACUGGUGGUCUCAGAGUUGGCACUAUAAAUAUGGUAAUUGUUACACGUUUAACGGCGGCCUGGAUAAAAAUGAUGAACCAAUCAGUGUGCUGAACACAAGUAAACCGGGACCAAGUCAAGGUCUUUCGUUACAUAUCGAUAUACAGCAAGACGACUACAUGGAGCGCGUCAGUGACGAGGCGGGCGUGCGGGUUAUUCUUCACAAUCAAGGAAUGAUGCCAUUUCCUUAUUUGGAAGGUUUCAGUGUCAGCCCUGGGACUGCCACUUCAGUGGGAUUAAAAAAAUCGAUAAUUUCAAGAGUCGAUCGUUUCAGUAAUAAAACUUGUUGGAACGUCGACGAAUUGGGCGACGAAAACAUUUACAGAACGUUUCCUGGAAUCACUAAGUACACGCAACAGAUAUGUCAGAACUCUUGUAUUGGAAAGACACAAGAGAAGGAUUGUGGUUGCUCUGAAUAUUCGUAUCCUUCAAAUGUGUCAGCGUGUGAUACGUUCAAUGAAACGACAAGAGAUUGCCUUUAUCAAAUACAACAAAGAUUCAACAAUGACGAACUUGAAUGUAUGGAUGAAUGUCGACAACCUUGUCAAGAAGAAGUGAUUCAGAAAACAAUAAGCAUGUCUCAGUGGCCUUCGAAGCUUUACAAACCUACUCGAGAAAAGGGAAACAGGAAUUUUUCGAGACAGAAUUCGUUGCUGUUGAACAUAUUUUACAACGAGCUUACCUAUGAAAGAAUCGAAGAAAAGUUUACAUACAGUGAAGUAAAUUUGUUGGCGGAUAUUGGUGGUCAGUUGGGCCUCUGGAUUGGAGUUUCUGUCAUUACUGUGUUCGAGCUGAUCGAACUUAUAUCUUUAAUCAUCAUACGUCUGUGUGGACGAUGGAAAAGCGGCAAACAAGUUGCCAACAGUGAUUCCUAUUGAAAGUGGCAAAGUCGGCAUCCCGCAAAUUUUAAUCUUGCACAGUAGCUAAAUUUAAGGACUAUACAAUCAUUUAUUUAUA